ACUCGGCAUCUAUUUAUUCGCCGGAAUAUUUAUCGGCUCAUUCUUUACGCACGCAUACUGCCCCGCUCAGUCCCACUCUCCCAGACGUCUCCCACCUCCAUCUUUUCAACAAACCAUCCACCAUGACAACCGCUUCCCUGCUCGUCCUCAUCCUCCUACUCUGCGCUAUAUCGCACACGAUCCCCGCCCUCUCCACCACCACGGCCUACCCAUCCGUGCCGGGAACCGAAACCACCGACUGCUCGCUCUCCGGUACAGACGAGCUCAGACCGGUUCGCCGAGAAGUCUACGGUGGAGGCCGAAUCUUCGAUAUCAGCCACAGGUACGCCCCUGACAUGCCGGUGUGGGAGUCGAGCGAGGGACUCGGCCAGUUCCUUUGGCUCCCGAAGAGCAUUAAGAACGGCUCGCUCGCCAACAACUCCGACAUGAAGCUGCCCGCUCACACCGGUACGCAUGUCGACGCACCCGGCCACGUUUUCGAUCACUACUUUGACGCCGGCUUCGAUGUCGACACGCUUGACUUGGAGGUCCUCAAUGGUCCUGCAUUGUUAGUUGAUGUUCCAAGGGACAAGAACAUAACUGCUGAAGUUAUGAAGUCUCUAAAUAUUCCCCGGGGAGUACGCCGUGUCCUUUUCAGAACUUUAAAUACUAACAGGCAGCUUAUGUUUAAAAAGGAGUUCGAUACAAGUUAUGUUGGAUUUAUGAAGGAUGGGGCAAAAUGGUUGGUGGAGAACACUGACAUCAAACUUGUUGGAAUUGAUUAUUUAUCUGUUGCUGCCUUUGAUGAUUUGCUCCCCGCUCAUCUUGUCUUUUUGGAAGGCAGGGAAAUCAUCCUUGUGGAGGCCCUAAAGCUCGACGACAUCCCUGCAGGAAUAUACUCUGUCCAUUGCUUACCUCUUAGGCUGCUUGGUGCCGAGGGAUCGCCAAUAAGAUGCAUUCUCAUCAAAUAAUAAUUUUGUUGUAAGUUUUACGUUAUUGACAGUGAUCUACCCUAUGGAAGAUUUUUCCAUGUUUAAUUAGAAAUCUACUUUCUUAUAAGUUUUAAUGGUACACAUUCAUAUUGGUUAAAUUGUUUCAAGGGACACUUUCUGUGCCUCAGUAGAGCAGGACAGAUGCGCACGAAAGAAAUUCAGCAACCAUGUAUUGAUAUAGUUUCCCAA